AACGCCUUAUUUUGGUGGGAAGGAAUGGUUUACUGCAGAAGAUUUUUUGGAAGUCGUGAAAAGUGGUGAAACGAGUACAUGGAAAAAACUUAUUCUUGUAUUAUACAUUUGUUUAUUUAUUCUUAUUAUUUCCAAGUGAAAAAGACCAUAAACGUGUAAUCGUAGUCUCUCCGAUAUUUGACUUAUAACCCGUUGGGCAUUCUCGAUGCUGAGCUUUGACAAGUUAUGUCAGGUUCCCGUGGUCGCAAAGUAACGUCCGGUAGGUCUGGAGAUCCCAGAUGGCCUAAUCAGCAGCCUUAUUACAAUCAAAAUGCUUCAAUACCAGAUUUAAGAAGUGGCUGGGAUAACUGGAAUAUCCCUCCACCAUCAUCUGGAUAUGGGUGGCAACCCAAUUCCAAUUUACAUCAGGUGUGGCCAUCACCUCAUUAUCGUGGUGGUGGUUACUAUACUGAAGAUCAUAUCCCAAGAAGUGGAGAUUUUGACCAGUUUCAACACAGAUUUCCUAAUUCAUUUACUCCACCUAGCCACUUUUCAGAACGCAGCCUUGCUCACUUAAAUCAGACACCACUAAAUGAAUUAUCUAGUAGUGGUCACAGUGGGUUCAGAGAUGGAUCAAGUACCCGUGAUCCUUCCUCCUCGAAACAGCCUAAUUCUGCAAAAGAUAAGCAAAAUCCUCAGAGUGUCAGAAGUAAAACAGCUGAUAAGACUUCUGCAGCUAGAAAUAGAGUGCCAAGCAAUCCAUCAAACAAUGAAAUCUCUAGUGCUGCUACAACUCAGGAUUCAGUUGGGGGAGUUGAGAAGCCAAAUGUACCUGUGAAAUCUACUAGCUUCAUGCCUCCUAAUAAUGAUUUAAUGAAUAAAGUAAAAGCUUCACUGAAGUCGAUUAACGCAACGAAAGACCAGGCUCCCGUGAGAAGUACCUCUUCUCCAGCUGAACCCCCUGUACCAUCGUCGCCCCAAAGAGUGCGCGAAUCUCGUGUACCAACUACGGAACCUUCUCCCAGUGCUCGACACCCGAUUAGAGUCGCUGCAGGAUCUCAUCGACGUACUUCUCAGUCAAGUUCGACUUCAAACUCUGGAGCAAACGGCGAAACACAAAACAAUCCCCUUGAAGGUCUUGGCUUCAUUCAGAAUUCAAGUAAUAGCGAAAAUUUGGAUUCAGUUAGUCAGGCAAAUAGAAUUCGAAAUAGUUCUGGUGGAUCCUCGACACAUGAGAGUGAACCGUUGACGACCAUCCCCAAGGAACGGUUGAACAAGUACAUCCGAUCGAUGGAUAAUCAGCAGCGCAGACAGCUAGUGGAACAACCUCGAUCAAUUAUUUCUCAAUACAUGCUUAACCAUCUAGUACAAGAAAAUCAGACGGCCAAAGCUCGUCAGUUAUCAUCUCUUCGCUUUCGAGUCAGUUCGAACGAGCUCGAAUCGAGAACUGAAAAUACCGUCGUUUUAUCAGAAGAACUUGUGGACGAGUUUAAGGAACUGUUGUCGAGAAAUGAUGAAGAAACGGCGAAGCAACCGGACUCUGAGGAGGAAGAAAUUCAAGUUCUGGAACCACCACCCAAAGUGCCUCCGUUGUGCAUAGACUUAGACUUGGACGAUAAACCAGCUUCGCCAACUCCUAGUACUUCUCCAGACGCCAACAGUUCUCUUCCUGUCAAACCAACUGAAAGGGGAUCUAUCUCCGAUCGCAAUGAUAAUACAGCUGAUUUUGUUGAACGCGAACUUGAUUCUCAGCUAUCUGCGGCUUCAAGACCAGCUGCUGCAUUGACCCCUGAUGCUGCCCGCGUUCCGGAAGCGUUGCUGACGAAUCCUACUCCAGAUGUUCCCCGCAUUCCGGAAGCGUUGCUGCUUCCGACUCCUGUAGCUGAAGCGACCACAACGAGUCAAGUGCCUUGCCCAGUCCCUCUCUCACAUAAUACUUCGAUUCCUACGAUGACUGUGACACUACAACCGUCACCACCAAAAGAGCCCAGCACUGCCUCAACGAGUACCGUUCCGUCUAUAAUCACUACUGUUUCGGCAGGAAAGAAAAGUUUCUUGGAGAAAAGCAAAAGCCAUAGGAAGAAGGAAAGAAGAGAAAAACAGGCAAACGAGCAAAGUACUGAAAGGGAAAAAGGGAAAGCAAAGAAACAGAAAAAGAAAGAUAGGAAAAAGAGUCCAACAAAACCGAGGAAAGAAAAGACUAGAUUGGAGACCGAUUCGACAUCAACGCAAAAUGCUUCUAAUAAAAAAGCAGAAGUCGUGGAUUUGGACAAUUCGGACAAUGCGACAUCGGCAGUGGAUCGAGCUGGGACAUCGAACCAAUUUGUUGAUUCGGCCGGUGGAAAAAGUGCGCUUAAUUUUCUGUUGACAGAUCUGCAAAUCGAAGAACAGCAAGGCAAAGAUCGUAUUGCACUGAUCGACCGUACUAUUGAAGAGUUGCAGUUGGAGCGUAAAGCUCUAACGGACAAAGUUCUUGCACUUAAGCAACAACAAUUCGAUCUUUUACGAUCUGCCAUGUCAUCCAGCUCUUUUGGUAAUGAUACUGUACCUCGCCCCUUGGAGUCUGUUCCUGCACCAGUCGAGACUCCUGUUACUAUGGAGUCCGCUGACCAAAAGGACGAAGAGAUCCCCGAAGUCGCCAGUGAAGAAGCCUCACCCGUCCAGCCGGUUCCUCCUGCAGCCUCCACACAGUUACUCAGUCUAAUGCAUCAGCUGGAAGAGAAUGGGGUGCAAGUAGCACUUGGUGAUAUGGAGGCUGUCCCCUCAGAUUCCGUUACUCCGACUUCGAUUGGAACUAAACGGAAGCGGAUACCCAGCGAUGACUCCAAACAACAGAAGAAAAAGGGCACGCCAACCAAUUCUCCGUUACACAGUACUGCUGAUAUCCCACCUGUGGAAAAGCCUGGUCAAGUGCAAACAAACGAAGCUGUUGCCCAGCCUAUGCAAUUUACUCCAGCUCUUCCACAGACUUUGUCAAUAAGUCAAAUUAACCAGAUCACUUCGACGAUUUCUUCCGUUAUUGCGCAAUCAGUGGAAACAAUCAGUUGUACGAAGAAGACGCCGACGCCCGUCAUCCUUCCCAAUCAGUCUAAAAAAGCCACAUCUCCGUCCGAAUCGUCACUUGCUGCAGAGUCUCACAAUCAGUCAAAAGAGAUUCCAGCAGCUAAAUCUCAAAGUGUUUCUUCAUCGCCUAAAGUACCGGAGCCUAAAGUACCGGAUCCUAAACCUGCAGAGCCUAAAGCCGUUGAGCCUAAAGCCGUAGAGCCGAAAAAGUCAGCUACUGUUGCAGAAAAAGCAAAAGUUGUUACUCCAAAGAAUGUUGUGAAUGCUUCCAAAACGACAGAAAAGUCAGCGGAAGUCACUACUUCACGGCCGAAUGAAAAUGUGCGCACUUAUUCAAAGCGGGACGAAGCAAGCAGUAAAAACACUACCCCAAAACCUUGUCCUCCAGUCAAUCCUCAAGUCUCUGGAGCAGCUGGUAGAUUAUCGGCUCGAACAACUGAACCUAGCCAGGGGAAAGAUGCCGCUGCUACUGCAACACCCUCAGUUUCAACGCAAAAAUCUACCAGUUCCUCCACUACUGCCAAACAGACAACACCAGCGACUACCACAACAGCCCCUCGAACGAAUUCAUCUAAUCCGAUUCUAUUGAGGUCGCACGAAUCGUCGGUGAGGUGCGUGUACAUCUGUGGGCCGUGCGCAUUCACGGCUUCAGAAGAUGGGACGGUGCACAUUUACGAUUUAAAUACAAAUGCGCUCGCCAUGCGGAUAUUGGGUCACACCAAGCCGGUUACUUGGUUGUACGGAGUCGCAUUGAACACGUCGGGUGAGGUGAUGAAGUCGAUCAAGUCCACUACUGACUAUCUCAACCACUUGACGCUCAUCACGGGCAGUGAAGACGCACACAUUCGACAGUUUGCAUUAGACAGUGGCUCCUUAAUCCACGAAAGAUUUUGUAAACAUGCUUUGACGUGUGCAGUGGGCCACAAAUUUAUCACAAAGCUCUAUGUGGGCACUACGGAAGGAACCAUCUUCACUUAUAAUCCCAAAAUCAAUAGUAUCCGGAUAAACAAGUUUAAAGCGAAUGGUGAAGUCAUUUGUAUGAAGAUACUAAACGUUCGGGGAAAAAGAGCAAUCAUUGUGGCAGCGAGGCGAAUGGACCCCGUUGUUUAUGACUUGGAUACGGAAGAUGCUCUCUUCACAUUGACCUCAAACAUUCCGAGCAGUUCUUUUUACUGUAUGUCAAGUACCUCGCACUUUGUGUUCUGCUGCGACGCCAACAAGAACCUCUUUAAAUUCGACACAAAUAGUGAUAAUAUGUAUAUCACGGAAACUCUUCCCUCUGCGGCUGUGAGUUCGUCCUUUGAAGGGAACCGAUAUCUCAUCCUUGGCUGUAUGGAUGGAGUUAUUCGAGUAAUAGAUACAUUGCAUAAGCCGUCUCGAAUUAUCACUUUACCAGGGCAGGCCUUGAAGACAAUCACAUGUAUGAAAAUCGUCAAUGGCAAGAUGGUUGGGGGAUCACUCAACGGUGAAGUUGCUUAUUGUCAGCUUCCUAAUUUAGAGGCUUUGUGUAAAGUCAAUGGCUAAUAUGAAGAUAUGUUCUCUGUGUGAAACUUUUCUACUUUUUAAGUAGGCUUUGAAAGAAUACUACAAUGAUUUCGUUUCAUGGUACUGAUUUUGUUAUAAUUCCAAUGACAAAAACGCAGAAAUAAUGAUGUGAAAAAUACACUGGCGUAAUGCUCAGAAUUCAUA